AUAUCUCAUAUUCGUCAAAAUUCCCCAAUUUUUCGUGUCUUUCAAAACCUAGCUCUAAUUUUCUUUUUAGAAUCUCUAGAUUUCCAUCCUUUUCAGUUGAAAAAUGUUGGAGCUAAGGUUAGUUCAGGGGAGUCUCUUGAAGAAGGUGAUGGAAUCGAUCAAAGAUCUGGUAAACGACGCCAAUUUCGACUGCUCAGCCACCGGAUUUUCGCUCCAGGCGAUGGACUCGAGUCACGUGGCGUUGGUCUCUCUUCUUCUUAGAUCGGAAGGCUUCGAACAUUACCGUUGUGACCGGAACAUUUCCAUGGGUAUGAAUCUGAGUAACAUGUCUAAGAUGCUAAAGUGCGCUGGAAACGAUGAUAUCAUCACUCUAAAGGCUGACGAUGGCAGUGAUACCGUUACCUUCAUGUUUGAAAGCCCCACCCAGGAUAAGAUUGCUGAUUUUGAGAUGAAGCUUAUGGACAUUGAUAGUGAGCAUCUUGGCAUACCUGAAGCAGAGUACCAUGCUAUUGUUCGGAUGCCUUCAUCUGAAUUUGCAAGAAUUUGUAAAGAUCUCAGCAGUAUUGGCGACACAGUUGUAAUCUCCGUGACUAAAGAAGGUGUCAAGUUCUCAACAAGAGGUGAUAUUGGAACUGCAAAUGUUGUAUGCAGACAGAAUACAACAGUAGAUAAGCCAGAAGAGGCUACUGUGAUUGAGAUGAAUGAACCAGUGUCCUUGACAUUUGCAUUGCGAUAUAUGAAUUCAUUCACCAAAGCUACACCACUGUCAAGCACUGUCACACUCAGUCUAUCUUCAGAGCUUCCGGUGGUGGUUGAAUACAAGAUUGCUGAGAUGGGCUACAUAAGGUUUUAUUUGGCUCCUAAGAUUGAAGAAGAUGAUGAAGAGAACAAAUCUUGAUUUAAAGCUUACAAGUUAAUGGUAUUGUUUUAUCAGUUUCUUUUAUGUAAACUUUUUUUUGUAGUUUUGUUCUUUGGGUCAUGAUCAUGAUCUUUAGUACCUUUGCCUUAUUGAUGCUUUUUAGUUAAUUAUUAAUGAUGAUUAAAAUCGAUGGUGUUGUUGUCAA